AUGUCACAUCAAUCUAUUCUUCGCAUUACACGCGAGGUGUCAGAAAUUGAGAAAGGGAACGACUUGUCUUUGGCCAUCGCAUACAAAGAGUCGGAUAUUCGAAACAUAAAAGCAUUGAUCGUGGGACCUCCAGGUACACCAUACGAGUUUGGCUUCUUCGAGUUCUCAGUCAAUUUCCCAGAAGAUUAUCCUGGAAACCCUCCUAAAGUCACUGCGCUGACGACGAACUCUGGUCGAUGUCGAUUCAAUCCUAACAUCUAUGCCGGUGGCAAGGUUUGCUUAACAUGGCCUGGGAAGGAAGGGGAAGGAUGGUCAUCAGCACAAUGUUUGGAGUCCGUCUUGAUCUCGAUUCAGAGUCUCAUGUCUUCGAAUCCUUACGAAAAUGAACCUGGAUAUGAAGAUGCCAACAGUAACGAGGACAGGCAAGCAAUGACCGACUAUGUUGCCAAGAUCAAACAUGAGACACUUCGUAUCGCCGUGAUUCAACCUCUCGAAGAAUCCCUAAACAUCAGCAAGACCAUGCCAGGGGUGGAUGAUGCCGAUAAGAUGAAAGAUGAUAGCGACGAUGCCAAUAACGCCGAGAAGGAAAAAAGUAAACGAAGACAGAGCUUUCAACCGUUUGAUGACCUCCGCAAGCGACGAUUUCUGUGGUACUAUGAAUCUUACAUGCACACGAUCGACGUGGAGUCUGAAAAGGUCAAGUUGAACGAUCCCUUUCGGGAAAUGCGUUUCGAAUACCGGCUUAACACGAUGAGAGGAUGUUUCAACUACCCAGACCUAAAAGAACGUCUAAUAAGAAUCCGAGACGAAAUAAUGAAGGAGACACAGCGAUGGGCUAUCGAGGGGCUCAAGACGAAAACAGAUGACUUGUGCAUUGCCAGUAAUCUAUCAACUCAGCUCCAGCAAAUCAUGGGAGACUUUGAAGAACAAAAGAACUCUUCGCUACAUCUUUCUCUGGUUGACGACAAUCCUUUUGUCUGGGGAAUAACUUAUUUUGGUUGUCCUUCAACACAUCUUGACGGCGGGGUGUUUAAUAUCAAGAUUCACAUUAGCCCACGAUUCCCCCAGGAGCAGCCACGAAUCUUUUUCGAGAAGCCCAUUUUCCAUCAUCACGUCUCCAAGGGCGGGAUGCUAUGUUACCAUACGAACCGUCCCGGCGAAUUGAAGUGUCACAUUGAGGCUGUUGUGCAGACGAUUGAGGAAGAGUCUCCGCCAUUUGACCCGAGGACUACAGUGAACUUGGAGGCCUCGAGAUUAUUCUGGGGGACCCCAGAAGAUCGGAAAAAGUAUAUUCGAGCUCUGCGGCGGUCUCUUGAGGAUAGUACAUCUUAG